AUGCUUCGAUAUUCACCGAAGACGUCUCCAAGAGACGCAAUCUCGACAAUGUCAUACAUAGUAUGCCUGGGAACGGUAGACUGCAUGGUCGCCCAGGUCCUCCAGAAUCCUGGAUUGUGGAAAUCUUUUGCGUCUACCAUGAAGGCUGCUUCCGACAUUCACCUAGACACCUACCUCCAAUUCAGCAUGUUACGAUUUGCAUUGAGUAAGCCCCGGCUGAACGAACCCUAUGUCUUGCUUUGUAUCUCCGGCUUUCUUGGUGCUCUAGCCCUUUUUACGACACUUCUGUCGUGGAAAAAGCUCAGCAAGCCUGUCGAAAACAUCGAUGAGACUGGGAAUCGCCGCAUAUACCAAGAUUUGAGGGUCCUGAAGGCACAACAUGAGACAGCGUCCAUCCUAUCAGACCUGGUUGACAAAGAUGGAGCAGGAGCGUGGCCGCCGAAAGCCAACCAUGAUUCGUGGCCAGCCGCGCUUCAGCCGUACAAAGAUAUUUACCUGGAGUGUGUUCCCUUGUUGCCUGCCGCAGAGCCAUCGACAGAUGAUGACAUUAAUCAAGAGCGACGUGGCAAAUACCGCUCUUUGAUGCGAAAGCUUCUGCAGGAGCGCAUCAACGUCACUGAGGUUCAAAACCUAAUGACUGCCGUCGAGGCUGGAGACUGGAGUGCCUGCCCCCGAGAUGCUUACAACGGAUUUUAUUGUUGCGUUGCGGUCUGCCGACACGCGUAUCGUUGGGGAACUAUUCCGGUUGUUAAAGUCGCUCAACUUGAGAAAACGGUCGAUUUUCCAGAGUCACUGAAUGUUCCAUGGCCAUAUCUUCAGCAAAGCUUCGGUGUCGAGGCGGACUCCGGCAACAAUACGGCUAACGUUCUGCACAACUUCAACGAGAAAGGCGAAAGAGUCUAUAAAAUCAACGUCGGCAUGUCAGACGUGAUUACCUCCUCAGAGGAGACCUUCUUCCGCAUGUUCUACGAUCUGGAAGUUUUGGCGUUCCCGAUCUAUUACGACAUGGUUCAAUCUGGUAUCUGUUUCGAGAGAGGUGACAAGGAAACGUGCCUGCAACACUUGGAAAGCAUGACCUUUAGAGUUCGACAUCUUCUUAUGGUCUUUUAUCAGAACCUCACUGAGUCUAAAGUGUCGCAUUCAGUGUGGCUAAGUUAUGUUCAAGGCUUCCAAGGCUGGGGUGUGGGAAGAAUGAUUGACGGCGAAUUCGUCAAGUUUGAUGGACUUUCCGGCAAUCACGUCCUUUUCUUUCAAGCACUAGAUGCUUUCCUGGGUAUGGACCGUUAUCUUACGGACCUGAACAUGGAUAGAUAUAUUCCAGCCAACCAGAGAGAUCUAUGUCUUUCACUCAAGAAAAACUGCUUUCGGAACAAGCUGGAUGAGACAGCCGAUUCAGCGAUCGCGGAAGAGAUCAAGAAGAUCGUGAACCAUUUGAAGGUGUUCAGAGCAGCUCACAGGGCUCGGGUGAUGCCAUAUCUGGAACAGCCAGCCCCCGAACGGUUGACAAUGACGGCUGGAAAGUCUGUACUUGAGACUCCAUCCACCAAGGAUAUCAAGGAGGCUUUGAAGGUUUUGGACGACAUGUUGGUCGUUCGACUGAAACAGACGGUCUAG